AUAAAGUUCCAAGUUUUCUUGCCCUAAUAUGGUAUUCCAUAUCCAUGUAUAGGAGCAAGACAGUGGUCUUCAGCUGGUGCACCUCCUCCUGGCUUGUGCUGAAGCAGUGGCCAAAGAGGAUUACAUGUUAGCUAAAAGAUAUAUCCACCACCUCGGCCAAGUGGUUACUCCUCUUGGUGACUCCAUGCAACGCGUUGCCUCGUACUUCACUGAGGCGCUCACCACAAGACUCUCGGCUGUUACCCUCACUCCUACUACUUGUACUCCUAAACCCUACACAGCAUUCCCUCCAAACUCCUUUGAGAUUCUCAAAAUCUAUCAAACGCUCUACCAAGCCUGCCCUUACAUCAAGUUUGCCCAUUUCACUGCCAACCAAGCCAUUUUUGAAGCUUUUGAAUGCGAAGAACGAGUUCAUAUCAUUGACUUGGACAUACUCCAGGGUUAUCAAUGGCCGGCUUUCAUCCAAGCUCUUGCCGCUCGUAAGGGUGGAGCUCCAUUUCUUCGUAUAACCGGUGUUGGGUCACCACCUGAAUUCGUUAAGGAAACAGGUCGGUGUCUUACAGAACUAGCACACUCUCUUCAUGUGCGAUUUGAGUUUCAUCCAGUAGGUGAAAGACUCGAAGAUCUUAAAUCCCAUAUGUUACAACGACGGGUUGGAGAAGCACUUGCUGUCAACUCUGUGAAUCGGCUCCACCGAGUUUCUAGUAAUUAUCUAGGAAAUUUACUAGGAAUGAUUAGAGACCAAGCUCCAAAUAUCGUAACCCUAGUUGAGCAAGAAGCAAGUCAUAACGGACCCUACUUCUUGGGAAGAUUCCUCGAAGCACUGCAUUAUUACUCAGCUAUAUUCGACUCAUUGCACGCAACAUUUCCGGCCAACUCGCCUGAAAGAGUGAAGGUUGAACAUUAUAUAUUUGCGCCAGAGAUAAGAAAUAUAGUAGCCUGUGAAGGAUCAGAAAGGGUAGAGAGACAUGAAAGGUUGGAGAAGUGGAGAAAGUUGAUGAAAGGGAAAGGGUUCAAAGAGGUGGCACUGAGUCAAAACGCAUUGACUCAGUCAAAACUGUUGUUAGGUUUGUACUCUUGUGAUGGGUAUAGGUUGACUGAAGACCGUGGUUGUUUGCUCCUGGGGUGGCAAGAUCGAGCUAUCUUAGCUGCUUCUGCAUGGCGUUGUUAGUUGGGCCUAAAAUGCGUGUAUUAUGUGCCUCUUUUGUUUCUUCU